AUGGCUAAGCCAAGCAACAAGAGAGGAUCUCUAACGAACUCGUUAGAUAGUAAAGUGUCUGAUUUGAUCUAUAGAUUAUUAGAAGAAAAAAGUCUAGAAAAGAAGAGACAAUCUGAUGACGUCGAAAAUGUUGCUGUCAUGUUCUUUGCUAAGGACUUAGGUAUCAAUGAAAUAUUCGUAUUUUGUCAAUCAAAAGAUUUAUCCAUGUUAAGAGUUAAAAAAAUUAUUCUACAAAAGACUAUUGAGAAAGUAUUAAAACAAAUAAUCUUAGAAGAGGAAGAAGAAUUUUCUUCAUGCCCACAAUAUAAUAAGACCGAAGAUAAUGAAGAAGUUGAUACAGAGCAACUAUUAGCUGAAAAAAAUAUGAUGAUUGUCCAAGAUACAAAUGACAUGAACAAUAGUAUUAUCAGUCAAUGGUCUGCCUCAUCAGUUUCGGUUUCUAAAGUUGGAACUGAGACACCAGAAACUCAGCUUAACGGUGAUACAGAAUCUAACAGUAAGAAGAGAUCUAGGGAUGGUUCAAACAAACCAAAAAGACAAAAAACCAAAGAAGACAGAAACCCACCAACUUCUUUAUUGAGUAAUUUAGGUGGGAUGGAUGAUGUAAUCGCCCAGUUAAUGGAACUUAUAGGACUUCCAAUUCUUCAUCCCGAAAUAUAUAUAUCUACCGGUGUUGAACCACCUAGAGGUGUAUUACUACAUGGGCCACCAGGUUGUGGUAAAACUUCAAUUGCCAAUGCACUAGCUGGUGAACUACAAGUGCCCUUUAUCUCUAUAUCUGCACCAUCUGUAGUAAGUGGUAUGUCUGGUGAGAGUGAAAAGAAAAUUAGAGAAUUAUUUGAUGAGGCAAAAUCUUUGGCUCCUUGUUUGAUGUUCUUCGAUGAAAUAGACGCCAUUACUCCAAAACGUGAUGGGGGAGCUCAGAGAGAAAUGGAGAGAAGAAUUGUUGCCCAGUUAUUAACUGCAAUGGAUGAACUAUCGAUGGAGAAAACAGGUGGUAAGCCAGUUAUUGUCAUUGGUGCGACAAAUAGACCGGAUUCUUUAGAUGCUGCAUUGAGAAGAGCGGGUAGAUUCGACAGAGAAAUAUGUUUAAAUGUUCCAAAUGAAGUUUCUAGGCUACAUAUUUUAAAGAAAAUGUCAGAACACUUGAAAAUUAAAGGUGAAAUUGAUUAUUUGAAAUUAGCAAAGUUAACACCAGGAUUCGUUGGUGCAGAUUUGAAAGCAUUAGUAACAGCAGCCGGUACAUGUGCAAUCAAACGUAUUUUUCAAUCUUAUGCUGAACUGGAAGAGAAACAAAUUUCUACCACUUCUGAUAGUAUGGAAAUUGAUGAGAAAACCCCAAACCAGCAAACCGAUGAUGAAUUGGAAUUAAAAAAUACGGCUAACAUGAUAGAUCCUUUAUCAUUAUCAACAAUCCAGAAGUUCAUAAAAGCAUACCCAGAACCUCUACAAGAUGAACAAUUAAAUGAUCUAACUAUAAUAUAUGAAGAUUUUUUGAAGGCAUUACCAACAAUUCAACCUACAGCAAAAAGAGAAGGUUUUGCUACUGUACCCGACGUGACAUGGGCCAGUGUUGGUGCAUUAGGUAACAUCCGUAUCGAACUGAAUAUGGCUAUUGUUCAACCAAUCAAAAGACCAGAACUAUACGAGAAAGUUGGUAUAAGUGCACCAGCUGGGGUUUUAUUAUGGGGCCCACCGGGAUGCGGUAAGACAUUACUUGCUAAAGCAGUUGCUAAUGAAUCUCGUGCUAACUUCAUCUCUAUUAAAGGUCCCGAGUUGUUAAACAAAUAUGUUGGUGAAUCCGAAAGAGCAAUUAGACAAGUAUUUACAAGAGCGAGAGCUUCUGUUCCUUGUGUAAUCUUUUUUGACGAAUUAGAUGCAUUAGUACCAAGAAGAGAUGCAUCAUUAUCUGAAUCUUCAUCGAGAGUAGUUAAUACAUUAUUAACCGAGUUAGACGGUUUGAAUGAUAGAAAUGGUAUUUUUGUGAUAGGCGCUACAAAUAGACCUGAUAUGAUAGAUCCUGCGAUGUUGAGACCUGGAAGAUUGGAUAAAACGCUAUUCAUAGAAUUACCAAACUUCCAAGAAAAACUUGAUAUUAUCAAUACCAUUACAAAGGUAAAUGGAACACCUCUUGAUGACAGUGUUAAUCUAAGUGAAAUAAUUAGGGAUGAUCGUUGUAAAAAUUUUUCAGGUGCUGAUUUAGCUUCAUUAGUUAGAGAAAGUUCAGUUCUUGCUUUAAAGAGAAGCUUUUUUAAAACAGAUGAACUUGACUCGGUUGCAAGUAAUAAUUUAGAUAAAGAGUUUAAAGAUUUAACUGUGGGUGUUCAAUCAGAAAAAAUCCUUGUUACUAAAAGUGACUUUAACAAUGCAUUACGAAAGAUCAAACCUUCUGUGAGUGACAGGGAUAGGUUGAAAUACGAUAGAUUGAACAAAAAAUGGGAUGGAAUGAUGAGCAGGAAAUAA